AUGGGUGUCCUGAGCCUGAAGAUAGUCCUUGCUUUCGGGAUCAUGUACGGCAUCAGCUGGUACCUGGUCGAUCAGCUGUCCCUGCUGGCGUACCCCUACUGUGACCACCCGACGAAGUGCUUCGACUACGAGAAGGAGCUGGCCGCCAGCGUGGACCCCAGUGUGGACCCAUGUGACAACCUCUACGAUCACGUCUGCGGCAAGUGGGACAGGCUCCAUCCGGAUCGCGGGGAUGAAGGAGGGGGUCAGCUCGGUGUGCUCCAACACCGAAUGGAGGUGUUCGUGCUGAACGAGCUCGAGCGGUCGCCUCCCGAGCACCCCGUGAAGGCGGUUCGCAGGAGCGUUUCCGCCUACCAGAGAUGUCUCAACGUUUUUGUGGAGAAAACAGACCACACCAAGGUCGUGUUCGACAUCUUCAAGAAGUACAACUUCGAGUGGCCUCCUCUCACACUUCCCAGAAAAUUUGACCUGAUGGAGUACCUGCUGGGCAUGUCGCUAGAUUACAACUUGGCGACGCCCGCUCAGCUAGGCCUCGCGCCAUACCUAAAGACCGACAAGCGCUACAGCCUCAGUUUCGGGAUCAGUACGGGUUUCCAAGACAAUGGGGGCCUAGAAGGCAUCGCCAAAUGCAUCACAGUGGUGGCGCCGUCGGCAAGAGGUCCUUCGGCCGAGGCGCUCGCCCAGCGAAUCUUCAAAGUUCUCAUCGAAGUGACAAUUGCCAUAGUGGUACUCAUUACAGACCUACGGAUGGUACCUGUCUAUUCCACCAUCGAGAAACUGGCCAACGACACUGGCGGAUCCGGUAUGAUAGACACCUGGCUGAAAGUCAUCAACAGACGCUUGCCCCACGACCGGGCUGUCGGCAAGAGCGACAACGUGCUGACGGUCAACAAAAGCGGCUUGAUUCUCAAAGCGAUCUUGGACAAAGGCAAGAGGUCCCAUUAUGCCGAUAUCGUGCUGUACGCGGGCUGGCAGAUUCCUCGUUGGUCUGCGGGCAGCGGUGUCACCUUCGCUCGUGGAAUGUCUGGCGGGCAACGAUUUGCAGGCAAAGGUGGACUCCGGGAUGGAGUGCCUGAAAUCCGUGAAUGA